CUUGUUUUCUUGUAUAGACAAGGCUGAAGGCUGCAAACAACUAUUGGCACAGCUUAAUCUCAUUAACCAACAUAUUUCAGCAGCUUCUGUUGAAAUUUUUUGAUAUUGAUACAUAGAAAAAGGACACUCAUUAUCAGAUGGGCAAUUAUAAUAUCUUCUUUGGGUUUUUAUUAUCUUUCUCUUUGUCAAUUGCCACUGCAUCUGAUCAUAGUCCACUUCAAGAUUUCUGUGUGGCAGACCCAGAAAGUCGAGUGCUGAUGAAUGGCCUAGCUUGCAAGGACCCCAAGGCAGUUGAAGCCAAUGACUUUUCAUUUGGAGGGCUUCACAUAGCAGCCAAUACAUCAAAUCCAAUAGGGUCAAGUGUGACACCAGUGACUGUAUCCCAACUUCCAGGACUCAACACUCUUGGCAUUUCACUAGUCCGCUUCGACUAUGCACCAUCAGGCAUCAACCCUCCACACACUCAUCCUCGUGCCUCUGAAAUCUUGACUGUCCUUGAAGGCAGCCUUGAAGUCGGGUUCAUAACGUCGAGCCCCGAAAAUCGGCAUAUCACAAAGGUGUUGCAGAAGGGUGAUGUGUUUGUUUUCCCAAUCGGACUAGUUCACUACCAGAGAAAUGUAGGAACCGGCAAUGCUGUUGCUUUCGCUGCUCUGAGUAGCCAAAAUCCUGGUGUGGUAAUAAUUGCAAGUGCUGUCUUUGGUUCCACGCCUAGUAUUAGUAGUGAUGUUCUUGUGAAGUCUUUGCAACUUGAUAGAGGGGUUGUCAAUUAUCUCCAGUCUAUAUUCUGAAACCUUGGGAUGUUGUAGGAAUACACGAAUCAUGAAAUUCACUAUGUUUGAACCUGUAAACAAAGCCCAUGAGAAUACAUCUAAAUU